AUGUCCUCUCCCGUUGCCCUCGCUGACGUCCAGGCCGCCGCCGCCACCCCCGCCACCUCGGCCGCUCCCGCCGCUAACCACCUCAGCCUCGAGCAGCAGCAGCAGAUCGCCGCUGCCCAGGCCCAGGCUGCCCAGGCUGCCCACUUUGCUCCCGUCCCCGCCGCUGCCCCCACCGCCUCGGCCUCGCUCUACAUUGGCGAGCUCGACCCCUCCGUCAACGAGGCUAUGUUGUUCGAGAUGUUCAACUCGGUCGGACCCGUUGCCUCCAUCCGUGUCUGCCGUGAUGCCGUUACCCGUCGCUCGCUCGGCUACGCCUACGUUAACUUCCACAACGUCGCUGAUGGCGAGCGUGCAUUGGAGAACUUGAACUAUACCUUGAUCAAGAACCGUCCUUGCCGUAUCAUGUGGUCUCAGCGCGACCCCGCCCUCCGCAAGACCGGAACUGGCAACAUCUUCAUCAAGAACUUGGAUGCCUCCAUCGACAACAAGGCCCUUCACGACACCUUCUCCGCCUUCGGUAACAUCUUGUCCUGCAAGGUCGCCACCGAGGAAGGUCAGUCCAAGGGAUACGGUUUCGUUCACUACGAGACCCACGAGGCUGCUGAGAACGCCAUCAAGCACGUCAACGGAAUGUUGUUGAACGACAAGAAGGUCUUCGUCGGUCACCACAUUUCCAAGAAGGAGCGUCAGUCCAAGGUCGAGGAGAUGAAGGCCAAGUUCACCAACGUCUACAUCAAGAACUUGGAUCCCGAGGUUACCCAGGAGGAGGUUGAGGCUCUCUUCACCAAGUUCGGACCCGUCACUUCCUGCGUCGUCUCCACUGAUGAGAACGGCCGCUCCAAGGGAUUCGGUUUCAUCAACUUUGAGAACCACGAGGACGCCAAGCGCGCCGUCGAUGAGCUCCACGAUUUCGAGUACAAGGAGAAGAAGUUGUUCGUCACCCGCGCCCAGAAGAAGGGCGAGCGUGAGGAGGAGCUCAAGAAGCAGUACGAGCAGCAGAAGAUGGAGAAGCUCAGCAAGUACCAGGGUGUUAACCUCUACGUCAAGAACUUGGACGAUGAGAUCGAUGAUGAGAAGCUCCGCCAGGAGUUCUCUGUCUACGGUGUCAUUACCUCGGCCAAGGUUAUGCGCGACGAGAAGACGGCUGCUGAGGGUGAGGAUGCCAAGGGAGCAUCCAAGGGAUUCGGAUUCGUCUGCUUCUCUUCCCCUGAUGAGGCCACCAAGGCAGUCACUGAGAUGAACGGCCGCAUGCUCGGCUCCAAGCCCAUCUACGUUGCUCUUGCUCAGCGCAAGGAGGUCCGCAAGUCUCAGCUCGAGGCCCAGAUGGCUCAGCGUUCGCAGAUCCGCAUGCAGCAGAUGCCUGGCCAGAUGCCCGGUGGCAUGUACCCUCCCCAGAUGUUCUACCCCGGACCCGGUGGAUUCCCUCCCCAGGGUCGCGGUAUGGUCUACCCCGGCCAGGCCGGUAUGGUCCCCCGUCCCCGCUGGGUCAACCCCGGUCAGCCCCAGCAGAUGCACCCCGGUGCACCUAUGCCUGGCUACCCCAUGGGCCAGGGCUUCCCUCCCAUGGGCCAGGGCCGUCCCCGCGGCCAGGGUCCCCGCUCGCAGUCCCAGCGUGGCGGUGCAGCCGGUCAGCAGGGUCGUCCCCAGGGAGCUCCCCAGCAGGGCGCCACUGGUGCUCCCCGCGGUGCUCCUGGAGCCGGUCGUGGUGGUUACACCAAGUACACUGGCCAGGCUCGCGCUGCUAACGGUCCCUCUGCCGCUGCCGCUGCCACUCCCGCUUCUGAUGCCAACACGUUGACGGCCGCUGCUUUGGCUGCUGCUGACCCCGACCAGCAGAAGCAGAUGGUUGGUGAGCACCUGUACCCCAAGAUUGCAUCCCGCCAGCCCGACUAUGCCGGCAAGAUCACCGGCAUGUUGCUCGAGAUGGACAACGGCGAGUUGUUGCACCUCUUGGAGGACAACGAGGCUUUGGAUGCCAAGAUCGAGGAGGCCGUCUCUGUCCUCAAGGCUCACGAGGGUGAUGAGGCUAGCGCCUAA